CCUCCCCCCCACCCCAGCCCCGCCUCACUUUCUAGGAUCCGAGGGGCCGGACUGGCGCCAAGGAGCUUGCAGCCGUGGCCGCUAUGGUCCGGGCCCGCAGCCCUGGCCGGCAGCCCGGCGGCCCUCCGGAUCCCUCAGACCGCCUAGGCCGCUGGAGCCUGGUCCUGCUCGGUGCGCUCCUCGCCGCCAUCGUCGCCGCCGCUAUCCGGGGAUACGCGGGCUACAGGGAGGCCCAGACCGCGGCGCUGCGGGAGGGAGCAUUAAAGUCCCUGGGGACAGAAGGCCUGUACCUGUUCUCCUCUCUGGAUUUAGACAGGGAUCUGUCUAUCAGCCCAGAGGAGUUCAAGCCAAUUGCUGAGAAACUCACAGGGGCAAUGCCUGUUACUGACUUUGAGGAAGAAGAGAAGUUGCCACUUGAUCCCAGUGAGACACUAUACAUAGAAGAGAACCUAUCCCCAGAGGAAAAGCUGUUCGUAGUAGCCCAAUUCCAGCCUUUGCUCCUGGAGACCAUGACGAAGAGCAAAGAUGGUUUCCUGGGGGUUUCUCAUCUUGCCCUGUCUGGGCUUCGGGAAUGGAGGACCCCCUCCUCACCACUCAUGGAAUUCUCUGCUCGCCAGUUCAAGCCCUUUCUGCCUCCCAGGAGUAAUAUGGAGCUGGGAGAGCCCUGGUGGGUCAUUCCCAGUGAGUUAAGCAUCUUCACUGGAUACCUCUCUAACAACCGCUUCUACCCACCCCCUCCCAAAGGCAAAGAGGUCAUCAUCCACAGACUGUUGAGCAUGUUCCACCCAAGGCCCUUUGUGAAGACGCGCUUUGGGCCCCAGGGUGCAGUGGCCUGCCUCACCGCCAUCAGUGACUCCUACUACACUGUAGCCUUCAGGAUCCAUGCCGAGUUCCAACUCAACGAGCCACCCCACUUUCCCUUCUGGUUCUCUCCAGGACAGUUCACUGGGCACAUCGUUCUCACCAAAGAUGCCACCCAUGUGCGUGAAUUCAAGCUCUUUGUGCCUAACCACAGGUCUCUGAAUGUGGACAUGGAGUGGUUGUAUGGAGCUAAUGAAAAGAGCAACAUGGAAGUUGACAUCGGUUACCUCCCUCAGAUGGAGCUUGAAUCCCAGGGCCCCUCAGUGCCAUCUGUGAUCCAAGAUGAGAAUGGCAAUGUGAUUGACAGUCGCCUGCCUUCCGGAGAACCCAUCCAGUUUGUAUUUGAGGAUAUUGUAUGGCAGCGGGAGCUCAGCUGGGAGGAGGCAGCCCGGCAGCUGGAGGUUGCCAUGUACCCAUUUAAAAAAGUCACCUACCUGCCGUUUACUGAAGCAUUUGACCGUGCCAAGGCUGAAAACAAGCUAGUGCACUCCAUCCUGCUCUGGGGGGCCCUAGAUGACCAGUCCUGCUGAGGUUCAGGGCGGACUCUCCGGGAAACAGUCCUGGAAAGUUCGCCCAUCCUCACCCUCCUCAACGACAACUUCAUCAGCAGCUGGUCCCUAGUGAAGGAGUUGGAGGAGCUUCAGAAUAGCCAAGAAAAUGAAUUCCACAAGGAGUUGGCCAACCUGCACCUGGAAAAGUACAACUUCCCUGUGGAGAUGAUGAUCUGCUUACCUAAUGGGACUGUGGUCCACCAUAUUAAUGCCAAUUACUUUCUGGACAUCACUUCCAUGAAGCCAGAAGAUAUUGAAACUGGUGUCUUCAGUUUCUCCUCUACCUUUGAAGACCCAUCCACAACCACCUAUGCACAAUUCCUAAAGGAAGGACUUCGCCGAGCCCAACCUUUCCUUCAGCCCUAAGACCCCAACCAAAGGGGCACAGAGCUGGAUAAACUUUGUAAGUCCAAGCUGGCUUCUUUCAGUCCCCCACUGUGACUGAAAUUCUCAUCAGCCACAGGGAUGGAUCUAAGCCAGAGUGGUUCUUGACACAUUUCAAUUCCACAGAACUGUCUCCCCAAAUGGAAACUCCAGUGACAGUGGAGGAUUCCCUGUUGCCGGUUCCAUUUUUUUCCGUUUCCUCCAGCUGCUCAUGCUUUGAGCCAUUUAGAAGAGAAAUAGGAUUGGCUUCCAGGGGCUUCCUGUAGGGAGGGACCCUCUCUGGUGGCCCUGGGACCUGAGGACAUGACAGCCCUGAAACCCUUUGUUUUGUUUUCCAUGAGAGCUCUCCUUUUGCCUCUGCUUUUCAAAAGCAAGCAAGGCAUAAAGAUGGGAAUUCACCUGUCCAUUUGGGGAGAGGGCCUUGGAGAAAAAGAGCUGGACUUUGGUCUGGGAGACAUCAAACUGCAUGCUUAUUGCCCAGUUGCAUCAGUUCAGAGGAGGCUGGUUAUCCAUCCUGAGCAGCCUUUCUGCUGCCUGAAGUCUGCCCUGACUCUGUUUAUCACUCCAUUGUCUUCUCUAAGAUUUAGGGGAAUUGGCCCAAGCAUGACUCCCCUCUGGUUCAAGUCAGAAGAGAAAGGGAGAGUGAUCCUAGAUACAACUAUAUUACCAGGAACGAUUCCUAAGAGGCCACAUUGUCUGGUCUCUGUUUUUCAAUAAGAAAUCAGGUUUUGGUGGCAACCAAGGGCACCUGAACCCCUUCUCCUCCCCUACCCCCAUCUUGGUCAUCCCUAGAAAUUGACUUUCCCUGAUAGUUUCCAGCAUUCUCACCAUACCACCCCCACCUCCCAUCCCUGUUCAGCAGCCAUAGGACCCAUAAGCCACUUGGCUAUUGGUAGAAUAGCCAGCCUGGUUAGCACAGCUCAGCUGGGAACAACUAGUUUUCAUUCAACCCUUUUCACCCCAUCCCUGCCAGAGUACUGACAACUCUAUAGAAAUUAGUUUCCUGUGGCCCACUCCUACUGAGCCUGGCACCACAGCUUUGUCCUUGAAAAGUAAAAACCCAGAUACCCUCCUGUUAGUUCAGAUGUCUACCUGAGAGCAAACUGUAGGCCACAUGAUGGAGUAAAAAGAGCCUCUGUGGAGUCCAAAGACAUGAAUGCAAAACCUGGCUCUCCUUAUCUGCAUAAGCCACUGAAUCCAGAUUACAGAGUAGGGAUUUCCCUCAUUGGCCACCUGGGCCCACCCAUACUCCAGUGAGUACCUACUACAAUAUAACCAAUAGUUGGUCAUCUCACCCCUAAUGAAUAGGAAACCCAUGCCCAACCUGCAAGAGGUAGUCCAUUCCAGUCCUGACAGUUAAGAAGUUUCCCUUAUAUCAAGCCAAGUUCAUGUGUGCCUCUGCAAUUUCUGUCUUGUUCCUAAUUCUACCUCCUGGGACUUUGACCUUGAGCACAUUACUGGGCUUCUAUAGACCUGUUUGAAACAUGAGGGGGUUGGAUCAGAUAAUUUAAAGUUUCUUACAAUUCUAUUAGCAAGUCUCAAUGGGUGCCAGCUGUUUAGGAAACUAAAUUAAGCUAGUUUUGUUUGACUGACUAGACCUGUGUUGGUAAACCUGAGGCAUGGGUGCCAGAGUGUAGCAGGGGAGCUAUACCCCUCCCCCACUCCACCAUGCCUGGGAACAUUUUGCAUAUGACUUGCCCCUUUUCCCAGCAGCCCAAUGGGAGCACUUCCUCCCUCCCCUGUCUGGGGUAAGGUGGAGGGCUCACAUGCAGCAUGAAGGUUGCAGUUUGGGUACUAGGUCUCUAAGAUCUCUAAAAGGCUCACCAUCACUGUACCAGGCCUCAAAACCCUGUCAACUAAAGUUCUAAGUUCCUUCUCCCAAAAGAAAAAGAAUGCCUUGGGUUUUUGCAGGCAAUCCCAGUGGGACUUUUUAGCCUCAAUUCAAAAAAACAUUUAUUAAGCCCAUAUAGUGUGCAAAGUACUAUAAGAGUCUCUACCAACCCAAUACAUGUUCUUUUCAAACAAAUUAAAUGUAGCCAAAGGACUUGGCUUUUCAGGAAACCACUAGAAAAAUAUCAAGCAUUAAUAAGCCAUAACUAUUAGAGGAAAUGGGAAGCCAAGUUAUCCUCUACUUGUGGAGCCACUCCCCCCCAGUCCCUAGCCUCCCUUUGGGACCCCUUCCCAUAAUCCAGGUCAGGGCACCAUGUCCUGAGUUGGUAUUCAAGGCCAUGGUGUUGGAGCACCUUUUUUUAUAUUCAUAUAAAGUAUUUUUCCUCUUUGUACUUUCUAGUCCACACAGUUUGUAGAUAUUUUUGAUAACUUCACGGAGGAAGAAGAGGGACUUCUAUUCCCUUCCUGCAACUGUUCUUUAUGAUGGCUAGAUCCUAAAUCCUAGAUGGGUCAAGUUUGAUGUCUUGACAGUAACUGAAGGGGAAAGAAAACAACUCUUCCUUCUCUUCCCAUUUUUAACCAUUUCUUUAAGGGAACAUAUUGCUAUUGCUCAAUGAUCACCUAUCUGUCUUCCAUGUCCAUUCCCUCAAGGUCCCCCUAUCCAGAUGAAAAUAUCCUUAAUCUCCAGUUCUUGGGGUCUGUAGGCAGUCCUAACCAGGCAGUGACUCCCCCUGUGCCAAGGGUAAGAGCUGACCACAUCCUCGAGGCUAAAGAAAAAAUAUUGCCUUUAGCCCACUAGCCUAUGUCCCCAUAGCUCUCCCCUCACUCCAGGGUCCCAUGAAAGGGUUAGUACAGUAUUAGAUGCCAAGUCAUAUUAUUGAACAUAAAAGAAGCCCUUCCCAACACUUCCCUUCUUGGGAAGGGAUGAGACAAGCACAACUCAGCUCUGAUUCUUGCUGUCUGUCCAUAGUAUGGAAUACAGAACAGGCAAUUGUGGAUCAGAGAGACAGGAAAGAGAAACGUGGUACUUCUGGGUCAUGUCUCCUUAAUUUGGAGUUUGAAGGAUGUGCAAUGUAAAUGCUAAAAAAGACUACAUAGAAUUAACUCAGUCCUCCAUUCAGUGGUGGAAGUAACCUAGAGUUGACUGUAGAUGGGUUCAAUGUCAAUGAGUUGCAAGUCUCAUUGAGUAUUCAUACUUGUUUUUAACUAAUGCCUUUGUGGUUAUUGUACACUCCAGAUGAGACCCAGACGCUCCAACCUGAAGGGCUAGAGUGGGUGAACUUCAUCACAUCUUCCCGUUUCCCUUUCCCCCCUAUUGUAUUCCCAUGUCAUCCUUAUGUGUUCUAAUAAAGUCAUGAAAAUGUUCACAGA